UUACUUCCGGUCAAUAGUAAACAAGCACGGCGGUUGUAAAAAUAGAGUUACACGUCAGUCAGAACUUGAUGACCACUUAUACUGGCCUCUAGACGACCAUAUCCUGUGCUUUUAUCGAAAUCUAGACAAAAGAACGUAGAUAUUUUCAAACAUGUAGGAAUUAAAAGCAAUGAUGCAGAAAGAUGUUCAAUACAGCCCCACGCUACAGCAUGUAUCAGCUCCGUGGAAGAAUCAGUGGAUUUCUAGCAGUUGUGUUAGUGGUUGCUCUAAUUCUUGUGGUUACUGGAUAUGAUGAUUUUAAACACAAAUUCAUCAGGACUUCCAUUUUUAAGGACAAGAAAAAUCCAUAUGUAUUUAAUGGAGAGGCAACAUUGAAUGUGCCACAUGAACAGUUGAAGGGAAAUAAUGGAUUUGCACAGGUCACUCCAGAGUAUAGUGUCAACAAUGAUAAGGAUAUAUAUGCUAUUGUGUUUGAUGCAGGAAGCACUGGAUCAAGAGUUCAUGUAUUCAAAUUCGAAAUUACAAAAGGUGGUCUGUUGAGAUUAGACAAGGAACUUUUCAAGACAACCAAGCCGGGACUCUCAGCUUAUGCAAAUGAUCCUCGUUUAGCAGCUGAGUCAUUAAGGCCAAUGGUAAUUGAAGCACUAGCUUUUAUUCCAAAAGCUAAGCAAAGGUCAACACCGAUAACUCUAAAAGCUACUGCGGGACUCCGUCUAUUGCCCGAAGGGUCAGCUGACAACAUUCUUAAUGAGGUAACACAGAUGUUUAAAGAGUACCCAUUUCCUAUAGGUGAAAUAAGUAUAAUGGAUGGAAUAGAUGAAGGAAUUUUCAGUUGGAUAACACUGAAUUAUGUAAAAGGUACCCUCACUAGUGGCAACAAAACUGUAGCUGCUCUAGACUUAGGGGGAGGAUCUACACAGAUUACAUUUGUUCCUCAGCACAGGGAAACCAUGAAAGCUGUUCCAAAAAACUUUACAAGUAAAAUUACACUGUUCAACAGAAGUCACAAGUUAUAUACACACAGCUAUCUUGGUCAAGGCUUAAUGUCAGCAAGAUUUUCUCUCCUAUCCAAUGAUAAAAAGCCAGAUGAAGUGGCAAAUUCUACUAUACUCUCUAGCCCCUGCUUACCACAUAAAUUCUCAGGACAUUUUAGAUUAGGAUCACGAAAAUUUCAAGUACGGGGAACCAGAGAACAUGAUCACAGUGUUUACUACAGUGCCCUGACCAAUGGCAGCUCUUUUAAUGCCUGUCUGAAGGAUGCCGUUACCUUUGUGGAUAAUUAUAUGGUAGACGUUAAAGAACUUAGUAAUGCAGAUAUCUACAUCUUCUCGUAUUUCUUUGAUAGAGCCAAAGAUGCAGGGAUUAUAGCAAAAAAUGGUGGAAAGAUGACUGUAAAAGAUUUCAGAAGAGCAGCCGAGCAUUAUUUUUCCAAGCCUUUAGUGGAUCAUCCAUAUUUGGGGAUGGACUUGACCUACAUUUAUGCUUUACUCCAUGAUGGCUACCAUAUACGAUCAAACAAAGGACUGGAGGUGAUUAAGAAAUUGAAUGGAACAGAAAUAAGCUGGGCUUUAGGAUCUGCAUUUCAUUUACUAUCAAGCAUGGGUUUAGCUAGAUAGUGUUAUCAUUCCAUGACUCAAGUACUUAUGUAAAUGUUUGCCAAGAAUUGUAAUUGUGUUACCAGAUUUAUAGUUGAUGUUUUAUUUUUGUCCCCUUUUUCUUCUUCAGACUAAAAAUUUAUCUGAACUUCCAUAAAAAAAACUAUAUUGAGAGUUACAAACAUGUUACAUCAUACUACAUUGCAUUUCACAAAUUGCAACAGCUUUGAUAUGUUUUGAGAAUUUUUUUUUACUCCAUAUUUUGGUAGUGGUCAAGUUAUUUUCGAAAGAGCGAUCCUGAUAAUUCACAAUAUUUCCACCACAUUGCUAAAUUCAUGAGCUUAUCAAUCUUUGUACAUUUACAUUGUAAUUGCAUUGCUGAAAGUUGUUUGUUAGGGAGGGGGUAAUGUUCAAAGUUAUUGCUAUCAUAUUUCAGCAGGAGUUAGGUACUGGUAUGAAAACAAAGUCAUUGUAUGUAUUUUGAUGUUUCAAAUUGACAAGACAAUUCAACGACUUUUGAUAUUUAGAAUAGUUAAGGCAAGUAGAAAAAAAAAUUAAUGCAGAAUAAAAGGGCAUGAGGGUUAAAUAACAUUUUGAUCUCUAUCCAUUGAAGAAAGAAUGCAAUGUAUAUAAAUAAAAUAAUAAUCUAUUAGCACAGAUUAUAUAAUAUAUUAUUGUGAUACUUUACAAUUAUGAUUGAAAAGUCCCAUUUCUAAUUUAUAAAUAUUCAGUAUAUAGUCAGUAUAUACAGUAUAUAUUGAUCUAUACAAUGUCAGUAUUUAUCAUGUAACUCUAAAGGCUUGUGAAUGUGAGUGUUUCAUACUUUUUAAUUGUGAACAUGUUUACUUGAAACAUUUUGUUAAUAUUCACUUUUCCUUAAUGUGCUUGAUUUGUCCUCUACAGUGUAUGUCUAGAUAAUUUGUUAACUUGCUUUGGUUUAUUUUUUGUGUGGUUUAAUUGUAAUGCAUUUAUGACACAUGUACUGUACCAGAAUAUCACAUUAUUGUAAAAUAAUUUGUUCUGUUUGAUGUGUUUUUAUAUAUGUAAUUAUCUUAUUUUUUCUGUUCCUUAAAUGAGGGUUUUACAGUAUUUUUUCUUUCCAUUUCUGCAUUAUGUGUCAACUCAACUUUGUACCAUUUUCAAGUUUCACUUGAAUGCAUGCUAUACACAUUUAAUGUGGCAUAGGUGUUCAAGUUCAAAAAUGUAAUCUUGCAUUGCAAACAUGAAUUCCUCUCAAAAGAAAGCACAAAACCAGUACUUAGAAAAUGGGUUGUUUGAGGGAUAUCCAUUGUACCAUGCUGGCUUUUUCACUGGUGAUGUAUAGUUUCAAAUAUUUGAAGCAAAUUGUGUCAAUAAAUUGUCUUUCAUAAAAUGUAAAAUUUGAAGUUUAUGAUAAAAUAAUAUCCUGGUCAGAAGAA